UGGCAGUGGCCGAAGGUGGCAGCGGCCGGGGCUGCCCAUGGCCGGCUCCCCAGCCCGGCCCCGCCGCUUCCGCCCGGCCGUGGGCAGGGGCGGGUCCCUCCGCCGGUUCCCGGUAGCGGCGGGGCCCGCCCGGUUCCCGGUAGCGGCGGGGCCGUGCCAGCUCCAUGUCGCGCAGGGCCAUGGAGCAGCCCCGGCGCAUCACCGACUCCUUCCCGCGGCGGCGGCGGCGGCGGGGCCCGGGGCGGCCCCCGGGCAGGCUCAAGGGCAGGAGGGACAAGGACCAGGACCAGGAGAAGGACAAGGUGCAGCUGAAGGUGCGGGACUGUCCCUGCGCCCCCUCGCAGCCCCCCGCGGACCCGGCGCUCAUGGAGAUGUUGCGGCGCUUCGACCUCUCCUGGGAAUACGGACCCUCCACCGGGAUCACCCGCCUGCAGCGCUGGGAGCGGGCACAAGAGCUGGGGCUGAGCCCCCCCGGCCCCAUCCGUGAGGCCCUCCUGGAGCACCGGGACAACCCCGAUGUCACCUACAGCCUGUGGCACGAGUACGAGCUGUGAGCCGCCGCGCCGAGGGAGUGGGGGAACCAUUCCCGACGCCCCCAGACCCUGUUCCAGGGACGCUGGGUGGAUUAAAGCUGGUGUGAGCGAAGGAAGGGGUGCCGUGUGCUGUCCGGGGUGGGGUGAAGCCCUUGGGGUGCAGGGGCAGGGCAGGGAGUUGCAUUUCCCCCAAAAAAGCCAGGUGGGGUGUCCAUCACGCAGUUUAAUGCCACCCCGCUGGGACCCAGGCAGAAAAACGUGUGCUUGGGCGGAGAAAGGGAGGUGGGAUAUUUUUUCCCCAGGAAUGGGGUGAAAAAACGAAGAAUGAGGUAUAAAACCAGGUGAAAAGUGAGCUCAGGGGGGUGAGCAGCUGGCUGUGGAUGUCCUGCAGUGGGGUGGGAAGAGGGACAGUGUCCUGUGGGAUGCAUAUGUUUAGUAGCCCUAAUUAGCACCCUUCCUCUCUGCAGAAUCAUAAAUAACAGGAUGUGUUAAUUAUUCAGGUUAUCAAUGACUUAAUUCACCAGCUCUUUUUGUUGUUUCAUCAAUAAAAUUAAUUGUUUCUA